AUGCUAUAUCCUCGCCAAGACCGAGAACGAGAGACGCUUCUCUAUGCGUGUCGUAAUUGCGAGUACCAAGAGGGAUCGGAAAACUCUCUAGUUUAUAGGAACGACAUUGACCCUCCAGACAGUGAGCAAACGCAGAUAAUCAGCGAUCUCGCAGCAGAUCCAACUCUGCCCCGUACAGAGAAACUGUGCCCACAAUGUGGACACGAUGUGGCGGUGUUUUUUGAAUCACAUUCACGGAGGGCAGACGCGAAGAUGACUUUAUAUUAUGUUUGCGCUGACACAACGUGUGGGUACAGAUGGACCGAUAGUCCAGAACACGCCCAAAAUACUCAGUCUCAGAAUGACGGUGAAGAUUCUCUUGACUUCUAA